AAUAUUUAACUUUCAAUGAGGCAUAUCGAAAUCGAAUUUGCUUCCUUUGUAAGAAGACCCAAAAUUUAAAAAAGGAGCAUAUUCUUGGGGCUGUGGCCAGCAUGGAUUUAUGAAAAAGAGACGGAGAAUUUCUUCUUUGUCUAAUAGGUUUUUUAAAGUUCUGAUUAAAGAGCUUUCGUUCUUGUGCAAUGUAUCCUAUUCUUGGAACUAUUUAUCAUAUAAUGAAAAGAACAGAAAUCCUGCUGUUUGCUGUAAACUUUGCAUAGACAACAUCGUUCAAAUUUCUCUGCAGUUUAAACUCUGAGUCAAUAAAGUUAAACUUUCCUUGGGAUAUUAUGAAUUCAUCUUCGUCAAAACCAAUUUUAACAAAUGAAGAAGAAGGACUUUUAGAAAAGGCAAAAUAUUAUAUAAAACAAAAUGGACUUGACGGCAAAAUUAAUUUUUUGAAUGAUCAAUUAGAUGCUUGGGAGAAAUUGAAGUUAAAUUUCGCCGUAACUGGAUCAAACAAUUCAGGAAAGUCAUCAUUCAUCAACGCUUUUACAGGAUUAAAAGCUUGCGAACAAGAGGCAUCUCCAAAUGACUUAUCAGCUUUGGGAGCUACAAAUCUUCAUUUUAAAUACAAAAAUGUCGAGCUCUGGGAUCUGCCAGGCAUCGGAACACCUGAAAACCCCAAUCUUGAAACAUAUUGCAGAAACAUUGGUGAUCUCCAGAAGUAUGACGCAUUUCUGAUAUUUAGCAAAUCAAGAUUUACAGAAAAUGAAAUGCAACUGGUUAAGAAAGUUUCAAAAGAGCUCCAUAGACCUUUUCUGUGUCUUCAUACGUAUGCACAUAUAGACAUUAAGAAUGCCGAAGAGGUCGAUGGAUUACUGAUGAACAAAGAAACUGCAAUGGAAGAAAUAAAGAAAUGUUGCUUUAAUAACCUUAAAGGUUUGGUAAAUGAUGAGACUGAUAUCUACGUAAUUGACAAUAAUGACAUGGAAAAAUGUAAUUUUGACUGUCUGUCAGGGGAAGUCAUUUUGAAGUUGCUGAAGUGUCGAAAAGAUUACUUUUUGAAUUGCUUGAAUCAUGUCAUUUUCAAAAACGAGAAACUAACCGAUGAAGAAAGACUUUUAGCAGAAGCUGUGCAUCGUGUUAAAAAACAUGGUUUGAUUGAUUUCGAAGACUUUAUUCGAGAUCAAAUUGAAUCCUGGGAAAACACAGAAAUAAAUCUUGCAAUUACAGGAGAUUCUGGGACUGGGAAAUCAUCUUUUAUUAACGCUAUGAGAGGACUCAAAGCUUAUGAAAAAGGUGCAGCACCAGUUGAUGUUACCGAAGUGAAAAUACUGCCCACUGAGUACGUUUAUCCUGAAAAAAAUAAUGUCAAAAUGUGGGAUCUCCCUGGCUUUGGAUCAAUUGAAUAUUCGAAUCUCUCAGAAUACUUCAAGAAAAUGAACAUGGAAAGCUACGACGCAAUCCUUAUCUUUUGCAAAACACGAUUCACCAACUAUGACAAAGAGCUUGCAAAAGAAGUUUCCAAAGAGCUCAAAAGGCCUUUCUUUUUUGUUCGCACCAACAUUCAUCAAGAUCUCAUAAACGCCCAGGAAGACAAAGGACCACAGUUUGAUGAAACAUCCGUCUUGGAAAAAAUAAAGAAUGAUUGUUUCGAAAACUUGAAAGGUUUAAUUCAUGAUGAAAAUGAUAUCUUCCUAAUUGAUAACAAAGUUACAGAUAAAUAUGAUUUCGAUCGUUUGCGUGGAGAUGUCGUCUCAAAGUUACUAGAGCGUCGAAGUGAAAGUUUUUUACAGUCUUUGAACUAUGUAAUGUACGGAAAAGACACAAUAAGUGAAGAUGAAAAACGCAUUGCCCAAAUUAAGGAUUACGUUGAACAUCAUGGCAUUUCUGGUAUAGAAGAUUUUUAUCAUUGUCAAAUUAGUUCAUUGAAAGACACAGAGAUAAAUCUUGCCAUAACAGGAAAUUCAGGAACAGGAAAAUCUUCUUUUAUCAACGCUGUGAGAGGACUUAAAGCUCAUCAUGUUGGCGCAGCACCAGUUGGGACAGAAGAAGUGACAAUAAAACCCACUAAAUAUACAUCCCAGAAACAUGAAAACAUCAUUUUCUGGGAUCUACCUGGAAUUGGAACACCUAAACAUCCUAAUCUUAAAGAUUACUGUAAAAAUGUUGGUGGUCUAGAAAAGUAUGAUGCAUUUCUCAUUUUUUACAAAACACGAUUCACUCAAUAUGACAAAGAGUUGGCUGAGAAAGUUUUACAAGACUUAAGUAUCAAGAAACCUUUGUUUUUCAUUCGCACCAACAUUGAUACCGAAAUCAAAAAUACCAAAGAUGACGAAGGACCAAAUUUCAAUGAAAAGUCUGCUUUGGAUAAAAUGAAGACAGACUGCUUAAACAAUCUGAAAGGUCUGAUCAACAAUAAGAAUGAGGUAUUCUUGAUCGACAACAAAUUCACGGAUAAAUAUGAUUUUAAUCGUUUGAUCGAAUCUAUCUCAGAUGCUUUACCACAUCGUAAAAUGGAAUGCUUCAACCUUUCUAUUGACACUGUGACACGAGAAAGCAUAAAACGAAAGGCAAAUUUGUUGAAAGCUCGAGCAACAAAACUGGCUGGUGCAAAGUCAAAACGUGUUUCUAAAGAUGGACCAGUUUUCAACAUAGUUGUGGUUUGGAAUGAAGUGAGUUUUUAUUGUCACCAGUUUGGUCUUCCUAUUGUAGGAUCCGAUAAAUUUAAGGCGUUGAAAAAAAAAUCAUCGGAUGUCAUAUUGAAGUAUAGUUCAAUCAAUCUAGAAACUCUUGUUAAAGAUUAUGGUAUGAAUUCUGAUUUUAUUACAUUUCCCUGGACGGAGACGCUAUUAGAGUCAUGGUAUGGUAGGGUUCAUGAGUUUCUUUCAAAAUGCAUCAACGAUCUAGAAAAAGUUGCUCUCAACAUUUGGGAUGCAACAGUAAUAAACAGUCCCAUUUGAGCAGAAUACAUUAACGCUAUUACCCAAAACUAUUCAUUUGCCUUUCCAAAUCACCACAUUUAUACCUGUUGGUAUAAAAUAUAUCUGGUGGUUUUGAAGAAAAUAUCAACACUAAUUUAAAAUUCUUUUAUUUGAUUAUUUUAAUAAUAUUUACAGCACUCGUUAAAUAUAGGUACAUGUACCCGUGCAUACAUAGCAAAUGUUAAAACUUUAACAUUUCGUCUUUUCCAAAUGUAAUUGCAUCCACUCCCUUAGUAAAAGCAACAGGAAUACACAAUUACUUUUACAAAAUAAUUUUUAACAUAAUUUUGUUGUCUCUUACAAACAGAAUCUUUAUGAUAUUUACAUUUCACUGUAUUGAUUACUUUAUUAUGAUGUAAAAUGCAAAUAUUUCUAAUUAUAUAAAUAUGUUAUAAAA